AUGACGGCCGCCGUGGGCAAAGCAGAGGACCCGCGCGAGGGCUCGACGUCCUCUAUCGAAGACUAUCCCGAGCCCGGCCAGGCUGAGACAUAUACCCAGGAGAACCCCCAGCAGCAGAAGCGCAAAGGCGGCCGCAAACCUAUCUAUGCUACCUCGGAAGAGCGCAAGCAGCGCAAUAGGCAGGCACAGGCUGCCUUUCGCGAACGUCGAACCGAGUAUAUCAAGCAGCUGGAGAGCACUAUCAAGCACCAUGAGGAGACGCUGCAGAACCUGCAGAACAGUCACCGCAACGCCGCCGACGAAUGUCUUAUGCUCCGGUAUAAGAACUCUCUUCUCGAGAGAGUCUUACUGGAGAAAGGCAUUGAUGUCCAGGCUGAGCUGCGCGCGAAGACUGGCAGUCCCAAUCUAGGGCCUACGAGGCCUGCGGCUUCGGCACACCCGUCUCCGAACCAACCUCCUCUCCAGCAGCGUGCCAUCCUGAAUAGACAGCAACAAAGACGAUCGUUGCAGGGACCACCGAAAGCUGACGGCACAAAUGGCUUACCUACGAUCCAGCCGGAUGGUCCCAUUCAACGAUCACCAUUGUCGCAGCCCACCCCAGGUUCUCACUUGUCCUCGCCUGCUCAAUCUGCGACGCGCUCGCCCAACUUUAUGCCUCAAGGCCACUCCGUGUCUCCCAACUUUGGCCCCGUUCCUCCCCACCAGCAGCAGCCGCAGCAAUUGCGGCCACAGCCUCCUAGGUCCAACUUCAACCCUAUGAUGGCAGGUCCCCAGAGACCGUCUGUGAUCACAAACCAGGCGCCUGUGAAUGGCAUCCCAAGCGCGUCCACUGUUGGCCCUAGCGCAAACGGCAUAACUCAAAGCAGUGGUUCUUCCUCCUUCUACCAGUCGCAGUACUCAGAUCACAUGAACCAACUAGAGCAGGAGUACGAUGAGCAAGCCGACAACUACGACCACGAAGAACCAAGCGAUCAAUCGGCCGGCCCUGGCCCCGGCCCCGGCCCCUUCCCGCAUCACAACUUCCCACCCGCGAACAGCAUGCCACCCCCGAUGCCACCCGCGCAGAAUCCACCCUUCGCCAGCCCAGCCGCGCUGGCACCAAGUGAUGGUGGCCAGCCGUUCAACAACAUGAACCACCUCUUCGACCCGUACGAUCCGAUGCUGGAUGCAGAUCCGUUCGGGCUCUCUGCUAGCAUGCAUUUCCCUACUAUGUAUGAAUCGAGAUGA